AUGUUAUCUCUGUGCGCGCUGGAGUUUGUGGUAGCUUUGCUUUGCAGAGUGACAGAGGGGCGCCUGUUCCCGGAGGGGCUGCAGAGGUUCCCCCCGCCCCCCGCGUAUCUCCCCGUCACCUACCAGGUGCUGAACGCUGACUCCGCCUUCUUCCUGAAAGAGGCCAAUCAGGACCUGAUGAGGAACUCCAGCCUGCAGGCCCGCACGGAGUCCUUCUUCAUCCACCAGGCCCGAAGGGUUCCGUCCGUCAACGCCACCUACGGGCCACUGUGGGUGGAGCAGCCUGUUCCCCUGGAGCUUCUCCAGGGUCCAGGUGCGUUCGUGGCCCCGCCUUCCUCUUCCUCCUCCUCCUCCUCCAUGUUCACCUUCAACUGGAAGGUGCAGACCUUUGUCAUCAAUGAACGGCUCUACCUGAGCGAGCCCAAGGUGCAGGUGCUCUUCUACCUGGCGGGUCGGGAUUGGGACGACUACAGCACCAUGGACGGGCUCCCCUGCAUCCGGAUGUUUGCCUUCCACGAAACGCAGGAGGUACGGGGGAGCUGCCGGCUGCGCGGGGAACUGGGGCUGUGUGUGGCGGAACUGCAGCCGCUGCCCGGCUGGUUCAGCCCCCCCAGCGUCAUCCCCGGGCGCCAGAGGGCCCCCGAGCAGGCCGAGGGCACCCCCGUGGAGCUCUACUACAUGGUACAGUCCGCCGAGAGUGGCGAAUGCAGCGCGGAGGACUCCAGGAAGGGCGGCGGCGUCGGGUCAGACCAAAGCGCCGGCGGGGGCGGGGCCCCAGCGGGUUCCUCGGGCUCCGCCCACAUGCGCAGGAUUGGCAGCGUGAGGCUGCACCGCAGCUCGCCCGACCCGCAGCUCGAUCAGUACCAGCUGGAUAGUAACUUCCUGGUUCUGGUUCCAGCCGGACCCAUCAGGCAAAGGGACACCGUCGCCGCCUUCAUCGCCGCCUCCGGUUUCUCCCAGGUGGACAGGUUCACUCUCAGGGUGACGUUAAAAAAGGGAGUGGCAUUCCUGGGUGCGAGACCCAGCGCCCCCUUCCUCUGGAUGGUCAGUCAGGACGAGAGGAGAGAGGGGCACAGGGUCAUCACCCUCCAGUGCAGCCGGAGCGAACCAGCCUACGGACAGAGGACAGAGGCUGGUUUCCAGAAGAUUCUGCAGGUGGAUCUGGAGUUGGAUGACUUCCUGGACCCGGCCAGCAGCGGGGUUGUGACCUGGCAGGUGGAGUACCCGGGCACAGGGGCGGUAACCAUGGAGGCGGAGACCAAAAUACGGCUGGCGCCAGGCGACCUGGGGGGCAUCGUGCCGCUGGCCAUGGACACGGAGAUCAUGAACACGGCGGUGCUGACCGGGAGGACGGUGGCCGUGCCGGUGAAGGUGGUGACGGUGGGGCCGGACAGCGUGGUGACGGACGUGACCGAAUCGGUCAUGUGCAACUCGGCUGAUGAAGAUGUGGUCAAGGUGUCGGACAGGUGCGACUACGUCUAUGUGAACGGGAAGGAGACGAGGGGGAGGGUGGGGGUGGCGGUGAACUUCACCUACGGCCACCUGAGCGCCCAGCUGGAGAUGACCGUGUGGAUGCCCCGCUUCCCCCUGCAGAUCGACGUGUCCGACACAGAGCUCAGCCAGAUCAAGGGCUGGAGGGUGCCCGUCACCCCUGGCAACCACAGGUCUGCCUGGUACAAUGAGGAUGAUGACGGUGGUGAUGAUGAAGAAUCAGGCUGUGCACUGCAGUACCAGGGCGCCAUGGUGCACGUGCUAACACACUUCGUGGCCGAGCCGGCCGACCCCCGCGGUCAGCUGACCUUCAUGCUGGGCAGUGAUUGGCAGGUGGAGGUCACGGAGCUGGUGGGGGACUUCCUGAGGGUGAGAGACCCCCAGGUCGCCAGGCUGCAGGACGGCCAGGUGCUGAUGGGACGGGAGACAGGUGUCACCUCCGUACAGGUGCUGUCUCCUCUGUCAGACUCUGUCUUGGCGGAGAGCACGGUGAAGGUGCUGGAUGACAAAGUGUCCAUCACGGAGCUGGGGGUGCAGCUGGUGUCCGGCCUCUCCCUCUCCCUGCAGCUCAGCCCAGGAAGCAACAGGGCCAUCGUCGCCACGGCAACCACGCAGGAGGUGCUGAACAGACCCAAACAGGAAUCUUUCAUCAGCGCGUGGCUGCAGUUCAGUGACGGCUCCAUGACCCCCCUCGACCUCUACGACCCCGCCCAUUUCCUGCUGACGGCCACGUCCCUGGACCAGGAGGUGGUGACGGUGCGGAAGGACUCGUCCUGGAAGUGGCCGGUCAUCGUGGCCAAGGGGGAGGGGCAGGGGCUGCUGGUUCGAGUGGAGAUGAGUGUCAGCGAUCAGUGUCAGAAGAGUGACCGGCGGAGCAUCCUGGCCGCCGCCAAUGGCAACGUCCGCAUCAGGUUUGGCCAGGCCGGUGUCGCCAAGGGCAACCGCGGGGUGGACGGGGACCGCGGGCGUCGGCCCUCGGCCCGGGACCGCGGGGGUGGGGACGGGCCCUACUACGGCAGCUCCGUGUCCGUCAUGGAGGGCAGCGUGGCAGGCAGGGGCGUCACCACCACCACCAAGUCCGGCAUCGUGUCGGACGACGACGGCCGGGCCCAGAACGUUCCUGUGGACUUCCCCGCACAGGUGGACCUCCCUCGGAGCAGAAACGUGGAGGACGACCUGGUGCAGACGCCCCGGGGACUGACGGACCUGGAGAUCGGGAUGUACGCCCUGUUGGGGGUCUUCUGCCUGGCCAUCCUGGUCUUCCUCAUCAACUGCAUCUCCUACGCCCUCAAGUACAGCCACAAGGAGCUGCCCACGGGGGAGGGGCCAGAGACCAUGAGCCACGCCCAUGACUGGGUGUGGCUGGGCAACAGGGCGGGGCUGAUGGAGAGCCGGCCCAGCCUGUGCUCGGAGCAGGACGAGAGCACCACCAUGAUGGACCUCAGCACGGGGUUCGAGGAGGGCAGCCACCUGCUCAACGGCGCCACCUCUCAGAAGAACGUGCAGGGCCAGGUGCACCGGCCGGCCGACACCGCCUGCCUGGGCGGCGACCACAAAAACGAGUCCCUGAACUCGCCUACCACCAAGAGGAAGCGGGUGAAGUUCAGCACCUUCACCACCAUCCCACCCCGCAACGGCGGCUCCUCCACCAUCAGCCCCCUGACCGUGGCGCACAGCGAUGACAUUAAAUGGGUGUGCCAGGACAUCGAGCUCGGGGACUCCACAGAGCUCCGAAACUACAUGGAGAGAUUAAAUGACAAUGCCUCCAAGAACACUGCAUAG